UAGUAGUACUAGUAGCAUUGCUAUUGCUUUUUGUUUGUGUUUGGAGCCAUUUUCACAUCCCUGACAGCGUUUCAAACACGAAUAGUGACGCAUAGAACAAGAGUCAGUAUUAGGAAACAAGAAUAGGAAUAGGCGGGGGUCAAAGUCCAAAAGCGUAAAACCUCUGGAAAAGAAAAGGACUGAAGAAAGAGAAAGAAACACACACAAUAAAAAAAGAGAGCACGGAAAUGGUCGGGUGCUCAACGCUGCACCUCAUUUACUUCCCCACUCGUACUUCACAUGACAUAAUCAAUUCACUCUUCACCCUUUCUCUCUUUUAUCAACACUACACUCAUGUUUCUUCCACGUUCAACAACUGAACACAACUGAACAAAACAAAAUGGAACAGUAUGAAGUUCUGGAACAGAUUGGUAAGGGCUCUUUUGCUUCUGCUCUUCUUGUAAGACACAAGCAUGAAAACAAAAGGUAUGUGCUCAAGAAGAUCCGCCUUGCCCGCCAGACCGAAAGAGUCCGUAGAUCUGCUCACCAGGAGAUGGAGCUUAUAUCGAAAGUUCGUAAUCCGUUCAUUGUAGAGUAUAAAGAUUCAUGGGUAGAAAAGGGUUGUUUUGUAUGUAUCAUCAUUGGUUAUUGUGAAGGAGGAGAUAUGGCUGAAGCUAUUAAAAAGGCUAAUUGUGUUCAUUUUUCUGAAGAGAGGCUUUGCAAGUGGCUUGUUCAACUCUUGAUGGCACUUGAUUACUUGCAUGCAAAUCAUAUUCUACACCGCGAUGUCAAGUGUUCAAAUAUAUUCUUGACAAAAGAUCAAGAUAUACGUCUAGGUGACUUUGGUCUUGCUAAAAUGUUAACAAGUGAUGAUCUUGCUUCUUCGAUUGUGGGGACUCCAAGUUAUAUGUGCCCAGAGCUUCUCGCUGAUAUACCCUAUGGAUCUAAGUCAGAUAUCUGGUCUUUGGGAUGCUGUGUAUAUGAAAUGGCUGCUCACAAACCAGCUUUUAAAGCUCUUGAUAUGCAAGCAUUGAUUAACAAAAUAAACAAGUCUUUAGUGUCCCCACUACCAACAGUUUAUUCUGGUACUUUUCGAGGCAUGGUGAAGAGUAUGCUACGGAAAAAUCCCGAGCUUAGGCCAAGUGCUGCAGAGCUACUAAAUCAUCCACAUCUUCAACCUUAUAUACUUAAAGUUCAUCUGAAACUAAACAACCCCAGAAGAAGUACUUUUCCAUUCCAAUGGACCGACUCAAACCAUGCAAGGAGAAGUCGAUUUGUAGAACCAGAAUCUGUUUCCACUCUCUCUGGCAGAGUUAAACGAUUGUCGUUCAGUAAUGACAGGGCCUUGAAUCCUAGUAUUUCUGGAACUGAAGUAGGUUCUUUGUGUUCUACUCAAAGAGCUCAAGGAUUCUCUACUUAUUCAAAACAUUAUGAGCCAUCCAUUGGUUGUGUCCGUGAAGAACACAACGCUAACAAAUCAAAAGACACCAAAUUCUCAAAUGUUGGUCGGAUGGAAAGACUGAGAUUAGCUAAGGAGUCUGCCACCCCGCGGCGACAGAUUACCCCAUCAAAGAUAGCCCAUACUAGUUCCAAGCGCGAUUCGCUUCCUUCAUCUUCUACUCCAGCUGGUAAAUUUACACCACCAUCUCGCAGAGCUUCCCUUCCAUUGCCUUCAAGAUCCUCAGCCACAACCACUCCUUACAGAGCCAAUGUUGAUCUUCUUCGAAAUAUGGACUCUCCUAAUAUCUCUGUGAAUGCGCCACGAAUUGAUAAGAUUGCUGAGUUCUCUUUGGCCCCUGGCGAGGAUCAUCCUCUCUUCCCUGUGCCUGCAACAUCAUCAACAUCAGCUCAGUGCUCUUCUAGUUCCCCAAGGAGUGCUGCUGACUACACAAUCACAAAAGACAAGUGUACAAUCCAGAUUGUGGACAAAGCCAAUGUCCCUACCAGUGGUGCUCUAGUUCCAUAUGGCAGUGAAUGCGCUGAACAUGUCACAACUGCUGUUUCAAUUAAUUCAUCGGCCGAUUCUCGUCAACGCAAGUUUGACACCUCGUCUUACGAGCAACGAGCUGAUGCACUAGAAGGGUUGCUCGAGUUCAGUGCCAGGCUUCUACAACAACAGAGAUUUGAAGAGCUUGAGGUGUUGUUGAAGCCAUUCGGUCCGGAGAAGGUUUCUCCAAGGGAAACAGCAAUUUGGUUGACUAAGAGCUUUAAAGAAACUGUGGUCUAAGGUUAUCUCACACAGUUUUGUAACAUUGACAUGACUAUAGUGUAGACUAAUGUAGUAGUACUACAUAUGACCUUGUAGUUUGAAGAAUAGCUUAGCUUCUAAUGUCAUUGUUCUUGUUGACACCA